AUGGCGAUGAAAGAGCUCAAAAAACCCAGUUUUUUGCUGGGUUUUGCAUUGUUAUUGCUUCUAUUGAUGAUGAUGAUAAGCUCACAAUCCAUGGCAGAUGCUGAGAUGAUGAAAGUGAAACCCACAAAAGCAAGAACAAGAAAGGUAUUGGAGAUGGAGCAAGAUUACCCAGGUGAAGUGCCAAGCAUCCCAAGUGAUUAUGAUUACAAGGAUUUCUAUAGAAGGCAAGGUGAUGUUCCAAGCCCAGGAAUUGGUCAUUGA